GAAUAUUUGGACCUCAACGACACUGCGGGAAGCUUGGACUUGGUUUUUUCCCUUUCGUCCCAGGACUUGGUUAUCGCGACACCUUUUGUCAGCUCCCUGUCCCCUUGGACAUUGUUGAAAUGUCUGGUUGGUUCCCAAUCGGGCGAGAUGAUUCAGGGGGGUGGCGUCUCGACAUCGUCGCGCUCCUCGCAGUGACUGGGGAGUCGUUCAUUGGCGAGCAUGCGCAGGCACUUACUUCGUCGAAGCUGUGCUUGCUACCGCGCAUCAUGCCGGCGCCGCACGCGCUCCUGCAGCCCCGGCGGCCGGCGAGUCUGCCCCGCGAGACGGCCAAGGUCUGCGGCGUGCACAGCGGCAUAGUUCUCGACACACUCAACUUCUUUGCAAACAUCAUUCACCCCAUCGACCAGGUUCGGCCUUUUGCAUUUAAAGUGCUGGAGAUCCGGCACAGUCACCUUCUCAGGCGUAAGAAGCAAAAGCAGCACAGCGCCCAGCUGGCCACUGUGGGCGGCUCUGGAAAGACCGCGGACGGACAGGCCAAAGCCACUGGGGUCACAUUUCCCGACCCGGAACCCGGAAAUGCGGUGCCGCAGGGGCUCCGUCGGCGGCCGACAAUGAAGGAGACGGUCGCUGAGUUCGCCUCCAACGCACCGACGGUGCUCAACGCACACGAGGCACUCAACGUGGAGUUAAUACCGCCCGACAAUCUGUCAGAUCCCUCGGACAAAGAUGAGCUUGCCCGCGUCGGCGCAGCCUUUUCUUCGCCGCUUCACCUACUCACCAUUGUCAGCUUCCUGAUAACCAUCGGCCUGGUUAUUGCCGGUGCGCUGUGGGAGGACGGCACUGCCCUGCUCGCCGUGGGCCUGGCUAGCAUCACUACUACAACGAUCAGCUUUGCGGCGCGGUGGAAACCAUAUAUCAAUGGGCGGCCCCCGUCCGCGGCCGGGCCCCCGGGCGACAUCAUGAUUAGGACCAAGGAGGGCGCGUUCCUGCUCAUCAAGUGCACCGAGGCGGUCGCCAGGGAGCUGUACUCAGGAGUAGACGAGUGCUAUUAUUUCGUGUCAGGCUUCAAGUACCGGCUCUUGAUGACGCUCAGCGCAGCCUUCCUGAUGCCGUCGGUCAUCCUGUUGGGGAACUGCAGCUUCAACAUGCAGGCCCUUGUCGGGGCUGCCUACUUGUCCCUGAACAUUGCCUACUGGAUGAUCGGCCUUCUUCCCCUCCGCGCCUCGUGGGAUCUAACCCGCUAUGACGUGAGAGAUAUCACACCGGAGGAUGCAAGAAAAGCGGACCAGGUCACAGACCCCGAAGACCUGAGAGAGGGCCUCCCGACUUACACGAGGACCCUGUGGUUCGCCAUCCGCGAGACGAAGGAGAUUGAAUGGGCUCAGCGUAGCGGGUCCUAUCCAGCCACUCCAGAGUGGGACGAGUGGGCGACGAGGGCUCUGGACAAGGCGAGGAAACAGAACCGUGUGUGGGAGGCAAUUAAAUGGAAGAAUGAGAUCAUGUUCAAUGGGACUAGGAGGGAUUAGCGACGAGGUUGCCGCAGCUCAUUACAUCGGCUAAUGUUCAAUACAGAUUACAAUAUAGCAGAACAGAGGGAGCUUACUGACGAUAUCCAACAGUACAAACAUACCGUGACCGUGCUGCUAUCAAUAAGGUAAGGUAUUUUAACUUGCGGGUCUUGACCAGAGUGCUGACGAC